UGCAGUCACAUCCGACGGGUAGUGGUCCACCGGCAACAAGCAAUUCUCUGAUUUUUCCACGAAUUUCUGAUAAAUAGUGAAGAUUAUGUGAAAUAAGGGGACACAUACAAAUAAAAUAAAAAAAGAAAUAUCUUUCUCAUAUUGUUUUUCAAAAGAAAAUUCAGAGAACGUUAGAAGAAAAAAAAAUUUAUAAAGCCAGAGUGUAUAAUGUAGCCUGAAGAUUGUUCAAUUAUUGAAAUAAAAACAAUAUCAAUUAUUUAAAGUGUGUUUUCAACUCUCGAAAGUAAUGUGUGAAUAUGUAUAUUAGUGUGAUUGGUUUUCCAAUCUAACAAAAUCAAAAUCAAGGAAAACUUUUAAUUAAACGAUAUGCAAUUAUUCACGUUGAGGAAAGUACAAAAUUGAAGAUUAAUAUUGCAAUACAUCCAUGCGACGGAAAACGGUACCGCACAGGAUUGUUUAUCUUAUCCAUUCUGAUGAACUUUUAAAGGAUGAUGAUGAGAGUAACGGCGAUUUAGUUCGCAAAACACGUGAGUCAAAGGAAAAUAAGGAUGUUGAAGAAGUUUAUCCUAAUUCUCGCGACAGGCUAUUGCCUAGGAAAUCCCGAUGCCAAGAGAUUGUACGAUGAUUUACUUUCAAACUAUAAUCGAUUAAUUAGACCUGUUUUGAAUAAUACAGACACUAUCGUCGUCAAACUUGGUUUACGACUAUCCCAACUUAUAGAUCUGAAUCUUAAGGAUCAGAUUUUGACUACCAACGUUUGGUUAGAACAUGAAUGGCAAGAUCAUAAAUUUCAAUGGGAUCCUUCAGAAUACGGUGGGAUGACAGAAUUAUAUGUUCCUAGCGAACAUAUAUGGUUACCUGAUAUUGUUCUUUACAAUAAUGCCGAUGGCGAAUAUGGAAUCACAACAAUGACGAAGGCUGUUCUACAUCAUACAGGAAAAGUAAUUUGGACGCCGCCAGCUAUUUUCAAAUCCUCAUGUGAAAUUGAUGUCAGAUAUUUUCCCUUUGACCAACAAAUUUGCUUCAUGAAAUUUGGAUCUUGGACUUAUGAUGGCUUUCAAAUAGACUUGAAGCACAAAGAUUCACAAGAGGGAGAUGACAAAGUGGAUGUUGGAAUUGAUUUACGUGAAUAUUAUCCAAGUGUCGAGUGGGAUAUUCUCAAUGUUCCAGCAGAACGACAUGAAAAAUAUUAUUCCUGCUGUCAGGAACCAUAUCCUGAUAUUUUUUUCAACAUUACACUAAGAAGAAAAACUCUUUUCUACACAGUCAAUUUAAUUAUUCCAUGCGUUGGUAUCUCUUAUCUUUCGGUACUUGCAUUCUAUCUUCCAGCUGAUUCGGGUGAAAAAAUUGCUCUCUGCAUCAAUAUUCUACUUUCGCAAACAAUGUUUUUCUUAUUGAUUUCUGAAAUUAUUCCCUCAACAUCACUGGCACUGCCAUUACUUGGAAAAUAUCUUCUCUUCACUAUGAUACUUGUGGGAUUUUCUGUUGUCAUCACAAUUAUUAUUUUAAAUAUUCAUUAUCGAAAACCAAGUACUCAUAAAAUGGCACCAUGGGUGAGAAAGAUUUUUAUACGUCGAUUACCCAAAUUAUUAUUGAUGAGAGUACCUGAUGAUCUUCUCAAUGAACUCUCGGCACACAAAAUUUAUGGACGUCGUUCUGGUAGUAAAAAGGACAAAUUUAAGGAUGCAAUAUCGGCCGCAGUUCAAUCAUCAUCUAUUGUAUCAUCGCCAGAAUCUGCUCGACAUGCAGGAAUUGGAGGUUGUAAUGGAUUGCAUACAACAUCGGUGCACAACAGAUUCCUGGUUGGAACCCUGGCUGGCUACAAUGGUCUUCCAACUGUGAUGUCAGGAUUAGAUGAAUCAAUGAGCGACGUUACACCACGUAAAAAAUAUCCCUUUGAACUUGAAAAAGCUCUUCAUAAUGUUAUGUUCAUUCAACAUCAUAUUCAAAGACAGGACGAAUUUAAUGCUGAAGAUCAAGAUUGGGGAUUUGUGGCAAUGGUAAUGGAUCGUCUCUUUCUUUUUAUAUUCACAAUUUGCUCUCUCGUAGGAACGGUUGCAAUUCUCGCCGAAGCUCCAGCACUUUAUGACAACACUGAACCUAUUGAUAUGCAAUUCUCAUCUAUUGCUCAACAACAGUUAUUUCCUGGGAAAGUGCUUGAAAAACUAGCACAAAUACCUCGUUAAUUCUUAAUUUUUUUUUUUUUAAGUAUUUUCCUUUCUUAGAAUUCAAUUAUUAUGUUUCAUGACAAAAAGUCAAAAUAAGCGCAAAUUAAUUAAUUACAAAACAACAAAUUCCUUCUUUUCUUUUUUAUACGGGGCAAUUCCAUGUGAGAUUUCGAAAAAAAUUUUUUUUUGACUGAGAUAUUUUUUUUCAAAAUUAUGAAAAAUGAAAAAUAAGAAAAUAUGAAUGUUUUUUUAUUUCUUUAUUUGAUGAAAUUGAUGAUUUUUUUUACGAAGCUGAAGUACGCAACGUUUAUGAUAAACGAUUUCUAAAGAAAUAAUUUUUUAAAAUGGGAAAACUCUAUAAUUUUUUGUCUAAAAAAUAUUUCUUGUAGUUUUCAUUAUAAAAAAAAAAUUUUUUAGACAAAAAAUCAUAGAAUUUUUCAUUUUAAAAAAUUAUUUCUUUAAAAAUCGUUUAUCAUAAACGUUGCGUACUUCAGAUUCGUGAUUUUUUUUUUAAUUUAACGUCGUCAGAAGCAGAGUAUACUCAGAGAAAUAUAUUUUAUUCGCUUUUAUUUGAAGCAAAUAAAAAUAUAUUUGUCACAGAGCCUUAUAAAUUUUUCUUUAUUUUAGAUACAAAAAUUUAUUUAGCACAAAUAAAAUUUUUUUUAACGCAAAUAAAUUUUAUUUGAAACAAGUAAAUAUUUUUUUGGCUUUGAGACAAAUAUAUCUUUUCUCUGGGUGUACAGAUAAAAAAAUAAUAGUAUACAGGGUGAUCAAAAUGUUCUAGACCCUCUAAAAAAUUUUUUUUUUCUAAAUCGAUUUUCUUUUAAUUUUUAAACAUAGAAAAAGUCGAUUUAGAAAAAAAAAGUUUUUUUUUUUGGGGGGGGGGGGAUCUGGUAGUAAAAAUAGCGUAAAUACAAUGGAAAAAUCUGAAAAAAAAAUUAAAUUUAAGUUUAAAAAAUUUCAAAAAUCACUUUGGUUUUGAAAAAAGUCACUUUCAAUUUUUUAGAUAUUUCUGACAAAAUUAAAAAAUUAUAAUUUCUACAAUUUUUUCCAAAUAAAAAAAUACUUAUUUUCUUAUUUUUCAUAAAAAGUUUGAAACAAAAUAUCUCAGGCAAAAAAAAUUUUUAAAUGGAAAUUUCCCAUGAAAUUCUUCAUAUAUAUAAAAAAAAAAUCUAAAACUCUCAAAGAACUGUCUUAAACAUCUAAAAAGUCGCUUACUAGAUUUCACUUUCAAAUUAUAAAGAGUCAACUCUCAGCAUAAACGGAGACAUAUAUCAAAUUUAGCGAUUUAUAUAUAAAAGAAGAGAAAAAAAAAACACAAAAAAAAACUAGGCAGUCAAUUUUUUACAAGCUGCUUUGAGUGACAAUAACAAGGGUGUAGUUAAGUAGUGAAUUUUUUUUUUAAACACUCAACUUAGCUGAAUACAUGAAACAAAACUAGUUUAAAGAGUUGAAAGGUUUUUUCAAAAAAUAACAUUGAAAAAGAAAACUUUCUCCUUUUAAUAAAAAUGGAAAUAUACGUUUAUUGAAUAAUGACGUUGAGAAAAGUUACAUCACAAAGUAAAUAAACGUUUUAAUCAAAAAGAUACCGCACAACACAUUCGGUACUUUUGAGACUGAUGAAUUAAUAUACAUAUAUAUAUUAUAGAAAUACAUAUAGCGACAUAUUAAAAAAUAAGUAAAUAUGUACCAUGAUAAAUGGUAAAUUAAUAUCCUUCUUUAAAAUUCAUAACAUUUUAGGCGAUUGCACUCCAAAAAAAAAAUGGAAUAAUUCUCUCUCACAAUUCUUUCAACUCUUGACUGCAUUUCACAUUUUUAUCACUUGUAGAUAUUGUUAUAACAUUAACAAUUCUAUGGGAAGCAUUUUAUGGCUGACUGACUAAAAACCUAACAUUUCUUUAUAUCUAUAUUAUAAUAUAUAUCUGUAUAAUCUGUACCUUGGAAUGAUUUUCUUUACGCAGUAAUCGCAUAUCUUCAGGCACAGUCGACAGAAAACCAAAACAAAUAUAUAGAUUAUUUAAAUUAUUGUAUAAAACGUAAAUUUUCUUAUAUGAAAAAAAAAUAUAUAUAUAAUAUAAUGGUUCUUUCAAUAAAA